UAGAGAGAGAAGAAUUGCGAGGAGAGAGAAAAUGCCUACUCUCUCUCUCUCUUUCUCUCUAUCUCAUCUGUGAGUUUGCAUAGUGCAUCUAGUAGGCUAUGGCUGACAUUAGUACUGUAGUACCGUAGCUGGUUGCUGGUGAUGGUGCUGCUGUGUUCUCUCGUCUCUCACUCACUCACACAACCUAGCUAGCAGCAGCGGCAUACUUGUGUAUUUUUGGCAGAUGAUGUCCUGUCAAGGAAGCUGCGAGCCCAGAUGCUGCCGCUGGACGUGCGCCCUCAUCAUCCCUAUUAAACCCACCCAGCGAUGCGCGCCCUCCUGCUCCUCCGUAUCCGUCUUCUCCUCCACCUCCGGCCGCUCCUAGUACGCGGCGGCCGACGAAGAGAAAGAAAUGAUCGGCUCACUCCACUCCUCCUCGUCCUCCGACACCGACAGCAACAGGAACAACAGCGGCGGCGAGGGGGAGGCUUCUUUGCAUGGUGGCUUCGGGCGCACGGUCUCCGCGGCGGUGCCGUCCACGCGUGACCUCGUGCUAGCCUGCGCCGACCUGAUGCAGCGCGGGGACCUCGCCGCCGCGCGCCGUGCCGCGGAGAUUCUCCUCUCCGCUGCGUCCCCGCGAGGCGACGCCACCGACCGUCUCGCCUACCACUUCGCCCGCGCGCUCGUGCUCCGCGUGGACGCCAAGGCCGGGCUGCCCUUCUCUCCGAGGUCGCCUACCGGGGCGGCGCCGGCGCCGUCCGGUGCUUACCUGGCGUUCAACCAGAUCGCGCCGUUCCUGCGGUUCGCGCACCUGACGGCCAACCAGGCCAUCCUGGAGGCCGUCGACGGCGCGCGCCGCGUCCACAUCCUCGACCUCGACGCCGCGCACGGCGUGCAGUGGCCACCACUCCUCCAGGCGAUCGCCGAGAACGCAGACCCGGCGCUGGGCCCGCCCGAGGUCCGCAUCACCGGCGCCGGCGCCGACCACGACACGCUCCUCCGCACCGGCAACCGCCUCCGUGCCUUUGCCCGCUCCAUCCGACUCCCCUUCCACUUCACUCCGCUACUCCUCUCCUGCGCAAGCAGCACGCACCACGUCGCCGGCUCCAGCACCACUCCGAGCGCCACCGUAACGAGCCUGGAACUGCACGCCGACGAGACACUGGCCGUGAACUGCGUGCUGUUCCUGCACAAGCUCGGCGGGCAGGACGAGCUCGCGGCUUUCUUGAAGUGGGUCAAAGCCAUGGCCCCCGCCGUGGUGACCGUCUCCGAGAGGGAGGCGAGCGGCGGAGGGAUCGACCCCAUGGAGGAGCUCCCGCGCCGGGUCGGGGUGGCCAUGGAUCACUACUCGGCGGUGUUUGAGGCCCUGGAGGCGACGGUGCCGCCAGGGAGCCGGGAGAGGUUGGCGGUGGAACAGGAGGUGCUGGGCAGGGAGAUUGAGGCCGCAGUGGGGAGCACCGGCGGGAGGUGGUGGCGAGGACUCGAAAGGUGGGCCACCGCCGCACGCGUCGCCGGGUUCGCCGCGCGGCCUCUCAGCGCGUUUGCCGUGUCGCAGGCGCGGCUGCUGCUGCGGUUGCACUACCCGUCGGAGGGCUACCUCGUGCAGGAGGCGCGCGGCGCAUGCUUCCUCGGGUGGCAGACGCGGCCUCUGCUGUCCGUGUCGUCGUGGCACUAGCUGCAAUUGGCGCUGACGCCUCCUACUCUCGAUCUGUGCAUGCAUGCCGGCCGGCAACGACAUUCUCCGGUGGCCUAGGGUUUGCUUGCUCACCGCCAUAUAUAUAUAGAGCUUAUAUUAUAUAUGAACAUGAUCGAUGUGCAUUGGUGCAAUAAUAUUCGCUGCUUAAUUAGUAUAAGAUCUCGUGUUGAUUUUGGAGGAUGAAAUAGUUGUGGGUGCUCAAGGAGGAAGAAACCCUAACCCUAGAUAUAUCCGUGAUGUCAGUCUUUCAUUUCCUGCACCUGCGCGCGGAGCUAGUUGGUUAAUUGUUGUUGCUUGA